AUGCAGUUUACAUCUAUUCUCUUCUUUGCCUCGAGCGUCGCAGGACUCGGCAUUAACUGCCGAGGCAGUGGUGUCUGCUCGUUCAAUGAUGCUUCCCUCACCACCGUACGCGAGCAGGUUGGCGUCCUCAUCGCCGACGGCGGCGGUGACCGUCGCUUCGCAGAGGGUCAACAAAUUUCCUGUUCUCACGGCUCCCAGGGUAGCGUUUGUGCCUUCUACCAGAGCGGCGCCAGUGGUUCUGCUCGGGAUGCCUACAACCAGCUUCAAGGCCUUCUUGACCACGGAACCCCUUCGCUGGUCUUUUCCGCCAUUGCCGUGUACGUCAAGUCAAAUACUGUGGAGGAGAUCAACUUCUGA